AUGCCAAGAUGGCCUCAUCCACACUGGAUAAACCCCUAUCUAUCUCGGUUUGCCAAGCAAGACGACGCUCAGUACUUUGAUUUCUUUAGAGGUCAACUAGUGUAUGAGCUCUCAGGAUACUCACACUCCGAAUUCUGGCUUCGCAUUGUGCCUUGUGAGAGCACCUUAGACAGAUGCGCCUUGGAGUCUGUCCUUGCAAUCGGAGCACUUUCGACUGCUAUCAGACUUGCUCCCCGAUUCAGUGCACAAUCUGUUCGACGACCUUCAGCGCUCCAUCCUUGGUCAGUUAUGGUUGUGGCCAACGUCCAUCAUGAAGCCGCCGUCCGUCACUAUAUCAAAGCCCUUGCUUUGCUCCGGAAUCGACUAGAAGGGGAGAUGGACAAAAUACCUCCUAGGUCACUGUUCAUCGUGUCGCUACUACUUAUUACUUUUGAGUUGUUACAAGGUGAUAUGAAGUCAGCUGACAGCCUUAUCACAAGAAGUAUAACUCUUCUAAAACAUGCACUCAAGUUGCAUAGACAAGGAGGCCUAGUUCAACAAUUCCAAACCCCUCGCUCUUCAGAAGACGACAUGGAAGACAUGGAGCAUCUUCUACCACUCAUCUCCAUAAUGGGAGGGUAUACCCCGUUUCUUUUUUCCCAGUCAUCCAACAUCCAACUGUGGGAUACUUCCUGCGGAAUGGAUCUUCCUCAUACCGGCCAGCCCAGCAUCAACAAGCUCGAUAUCCAAUGGAACAAGUUUCACGCGCGUGCGGUCGCCUUUAUCGGAGCGACCAUGAACUUCCAAACACUACCCCUACCACAGCAACGAGAGACAAAGGAACAGAAAAACCUUUUACUUGCGCAGCUCAGGGUCUGGCAGACAGAAUUCGACUCUUGGUGCGGGGCAGAGAAGACAUGCGUAGAGCCAGCUCACAUGAGAACGUUGCAAAUCAUGCAAAUACAGCAUCAGACGCUUCUGAUUUGCGUCUCGUGUUGUCUUGAUGCUACGGACAUGAUGUACGACGACUUUGAAGCUGAAUUUCAUGUUCUCUUGGCGCGCUGCGUGGAAUACCUACGCGAGUCACGUCCCACAUACCUUUUCACACUUUCCACAUCAAUCCUCAGCGCCCUUCUUGUGGUAGUGAACAGAUGCCGGGUCCACAACAUCCGCAUGAUGGCGGCAGGGAUCAUUCGUCGGAUACAAUGGCGUGAGGGCGCGUGGGAGCCUGCGCUGAUGCUAAAUGGCAAGCUGGGCGGGGUGUUGAUGGAGGAACGAAGCAGAAAUAAGGAUGGGUUCAUUCCUUCGGACUGUCGUUGGUUUUGGGCAGCCACAGAGUGGGAGGUUGGAAGGAAGCAGCUUAUUGCUACUUAUGUCAGGGCAGUACCAGAUGCUAGUGGUCAGCCUGUUAACAAGACGCUGGUGCUGGAUCCGGACAAGAUUCUUGACGUUUGCUCAGAUAUUGGCUGUCGUAUAGAUCAUGAUAUAGAACACUUAGACUUACUAUCGGGCAUAAGGUGA